AUGCAAAGCCUCCGGCACCGCGCGCAGCGGGAGCUCGGCGUGGGCCUGUGCCAGCUCGUCUCCUCGUCGGGCAAGCUCCUCCCAGAGCUGUCGACCAUUGGCGAGGCUGGCUUGAAGCAUGGCGACGUGCUGACCGCGGCAGUGAGGCAGCCGGAGAUCGCAGCCACGCUGUCUGCCUUCGCACUGCUGCGUGCGGACGGGACUGCGGUAACCUGGGGCGAGAUGACCCAAGGUGGCGACAGCAGCGGCGUUCAGGAUCAACUCGAAGAUGUUCUGGAAAUACAGGCUGCGGACUACGCGUUUGCAGCCCGACGUGCAGAUGGCCGUGUGGUAACUUGGGGCAGCCAGCACGACGGUGGCGACAGCAGCGACGUGCAGGAGCAUCUUAUUGCCGUUGAGCAGAUUCAGGCGGCAGAGCGAGCUUUUGCUGCUCGACUGGCAGACGGUUGUGUGGUAACCUGGGGCGACAAGUAUGCUGGGGGCGACAGCAGCGCCGUUCGAAAUGAACUGCACCAGGUGCGGGAGAUCCAGGCUUCCCGGCUGGCCUUUGCGGCGCUGCGGGAAGAUGGAUCUGUCGUGUCGUGGGGACAUCCGGACUAUGCUGGAGAUAGCGGUCCGGUGCGGGAGAAGCUGAAGGAAGUGAAGCAGAUACAGGCCUCGUGGGGUGCCUUCGCUGCGCUUCUGAGCUCGGGCGCUGUGGUCACAUGGGGUGAUCGGGACUAUGGUGGCGACAGUCGAGCUGUCAGCAGCCAACUGAAGAAUGUGCGACAGAUCCAAUCUGAUCGCCAUGCCUUCGCGGCCGUCUUGGAGGGAGGCGAUGUAGUUUCCUGGGGCCACCCGUCUUGCGGCGGUCUGGCGAGCGACGGGCUUCGGACGCAGCUGCGCGACGUGCAGCAGGUGCAGAGCUCUGACUUCGCCUUCAUUGCCCUCCGGCGGGAUGGCUCUGCGGUGACCUGGGGGGAUCCUGAGUAUGGGGGUGACAGCCGAGCUGUACAAGAGCAGCUUCGGCACGUUAAGCAGCUUCAAUCCACUGAUGGGGCUGUGGCAGCGGUGCUGAAUACGGGAGGCGUCGUAACCUGGGGAGAUUCGUCAGAUGGUGGGGACAGCUCCCAAGUACAGGCACAGCUGAGGGAUGUCCGGCUUGUGCAAGCAUCCUCCGGUGCCUUUGCCGCCCUCUUGGGCGAUGGCUCGGUGAUUGCAUGGGGAGCUGCUGAUCGGGGUGGUGACUGCAGCGCUGUGCGAGAGCAGCUGACGAAUGUGCAGCAUAUCCAGGCGACCCGCAAUGCUUUUGCCGCCGUGGCGGCGGAUGGCAAGGUGUACAGAUACCGCUACGAUCCCGUCAGUUAUGACGGCAAGUGGACAAAGUCUUCGAUCCGAAAAUGGUUGGAAGAUGUGUCCUAUCCUCCGGUGAAUCGCUUGCAGCCGCAGUUUGCGCCGACCAAGUACCUGACGAAAAACCCGUUUGGUGUUCUUUUGGUCGUGAAGCCGGUUGCCACCGACACGGACGACUUGGCCAAGGCCCUGGAACCUCACGCCCACCGAUUGGCGGAUAGGCUCAAGGUGACCUUCUUUGCCAGGACUGCCACAACGCAGAAGCUCUGCGACAUGUAUGGGGUCUGGACGCAGGAUGAGGUAUUGCUCAUCGAAAAGCCGAAGGAGAUCGUGCCAAAGUCGAGCACGCACAGCCACAUGCCCUUGUCGCCGAAGUACCGCGUGGAGAACCUCUCGGCUGCGAACGUGGAUGCAUUCUUUGCCGACUGGGAAGCAGGCCGGCUUCCCCGAUACCUCUUCUCGACGAAGAGGCCUCCUCCAGUUCGGAAGAUCGAAAGCGAUUCAUGUUCGCCUUCCUCCGUGGUCAUCUUCGUGAUCGCUACCACUAUGGUCAUCAUUUCCACUGUCAUUAUUGCCAUGUUUGUCCCCUGCAUCAUCAGUCUGCAUAUCGAGCACGCGGUUAGGUCCAGAGCGGACUUGAGAUUUGGGAAUGAACCUUGGCCGCUGACCUUGGCCGAAGGAGCCGCCACGCUGAGCAGUGCUGGUGUUUCCAGCGGGCAGACCUUGCAGGGCCAGAAAAUGCCAAGGCUCUUCGCUACGCGCCGUGCCAUCGCUCUGCUUGAGCACACGGGAUCGGUCUGGUGCUGGGGCAUGGCUCACUAUGGCGGCGCGGCCGUUAAAGACAAUAGCCACACAGAGAUUCGGGUGCUAGCUACCGAGUCCUCAUAUCACGGCAACGGUUCUGUGUCUGUCUGUCAUUUCCAUUGUGACUGCACCCUGGAUGCGGUAGCCUUGCUGGCAGCUAAAAGUCAAGAACCCUGA